ACUAAGAAUUUGAAAAUAGAAUUAGAACCCUAACAACGGCUACUUCUCUACACCAUAAUACAUCACUAGUUCACUACCACUCACCAGACAAUCCACUCUCUCACUCUAAUUCAUCCAAAUUCUCCAUAAAUAAAUAAAUUGUAAAAUUUCAAGCUCUGAUUUCUUACAUGGCUUUGUCAACGCCCGAUUCAAAUCGCAGCAAACUACCCAUCGCAGGCCCAAGAAUCUCGCGCAGAGUACGAAUUGUUGGAAAAAUCCGAGGAUUUACAGACCAAGAGUCUGAAUUAUCGGGUGGAGAUUCGAAACUGUGGGUCACUGUGUGCCGGCCCAAAGGGAGCGAUUCGGAUUCAGAAAAAGUUACAAUAUCAUUCGGAGAUGAAGGGAGUAGUCGCAAAGAUAGAUAUGAAUUAGAUAAUUGCUAUGAACAAGAUGAGGAUAAUGCUGUAGUAUUCUCGAGAGAGGUAAAGCCACUGAUAGCAGAAGUUCUCAGCGGUCGAAAUGCAUCCAUUAUUGCAUAUGGGGCAAGAGGCAGUGGAAAAACCCACACAAUCCAGGGUUCUGUGGACAAAGAAGGUUUGGCAGCAAUGGCAAUAGCUGAGAUCCUUUCGCAAACAAAGGAUGCCCAGAAAGCAGUCCUCGUUUCCUUUUACGAGGUGUUCCAGGAUCAUGUCUAUGAUCUUUUGGACCCUAAUCAUCCCGAAGUUCAAGUGCUUGAAGAUUCUCAAGGAAAAAUAAAGCUCAAAGGACUUUCUAAGGCCGCUGUGGAUUCCAUUUCACACUUUCAUGAUCUAAGUGCUUGUUUGGCUGCACCAUGCUAUUCAGUACAAAAGACACCACUCCAAAUGCCCAAAAGGAGUCACAAAGGGUUAAUGAUACAUAUAGCAUCUGCUGAUGACAUCAAGGGUAGUAAAGGCCCCAAUGUGAUGAACUUUGUGGAUUUGGCAGGCUAUGAGGAUUCCCGAAGAAGCAGCAAAGAUGGAAUUAUGCUUACUGAAAGUGCUAGAAUAAAUAAGUCUUUAUAUGGCAUUAUGAACGUGGUGUACGCUCUGAACACAAAUGAAAAGCGGGUUCCUUAUCGAGAAAGCAAACUCACUCGGAUGCUGCAGGAAUCUCUUGGUGGCUCCAAUCAUGUUUUGCUGCUAACCUGUUUGACUCCAAUCCUUUGCCAAGAUACUCUUUAUGUAGCAAGUUUGGCUUCACGAUCAUGUCAAAGUGCUGGCCAGAUAUUGACAAGCUCUACAAUGAAAAGUAAAAAGCACACCAAUCAGCAAGCACGACUAGUGGGUACCCCAUUGUCUGGGAAAAAGAACAACUCUGGCUCCAAUUUGAUAGGAAGGAAACUGUUCAGUGACAGAAAAGCUAUCAUCUCUAAGCAGGAUGAUGUCACCUCAGCCACAAAGUUUAAGCCUCUUUCAGAGAAUGCUUCAACUAUCAUAUCUUCCUUCCAUAAAAAGACUUCUCAAGACAAGUCCAAUUCAGAUAGAUCUAGAGCCAUGAUAUCAUCAGCAGAAAAUGAAAUCCCAAGUGUUUUCAAGGAAACAAUCUCUAUUCAUAAAAUGGAAAAGGAUGCCUCUCCACCAAAUAAAGCAAAGGAUUUAAAAGUUACUCCCGAAGUUCAUUGUGAUGUCAAAGAAAUACUUUCUUUUGCAGAUGAUGUGCUACAAAUUGUAGAUGUUGAUACAGAGGAGAAAAGUGGAGAUAUGAACAUAGACAAAGUAGCAUCACCACCACUAAGUGAAAGACUUAGAGAAAUAACGAAUAAUUUACGGUUGUUGGAGUCUUCAACUUCUUUGCAUAUGUUGAUGCCAAAGCAGUUGGACUCAUCUCAAGGAAGCCUUGAAAGUUCUGGUGACAUUAUAGAACCCAAAACCCCAAAAGCUGAAACUGAUAUGAGAACCGGUGACAAAUUGGAGAUUGCCAUGUAUACUAGUCCUUGGGAAAGAUUUCAUAUGCGCAGUUCUGGAGCAAAGAAUUGUCUUGUCCAAGAAUAUCUGAAUUUAUUAAACACUGCAAGCAAAGAAGAGUUAACAAGGAUCCAGGGCAUCGGAGAAAAGAGAGCAACUUACAUUCUUGAACUACGUGAAGAAUCUUCAGAACCCUUUAAGAGUCUUGAAGAUUUGAAAGAAGUUGGUCUCUCGGAAAAGGAGAUAAAUGGCUUGAUGAGGAGAAUGGCUGGACAGCUUUUCUGCUAGAAUGGCCUUUUAAGAAUUGUUUGAUGGCAACUAGAAGUUGCCAGCAGUUAUAUUAUGAUGAUUUUGAAUGUAAUAUGUUUCUUUGCAAUUGUUCAAACAAAUGGAAAAACAUACUGCUUUGUGAUAUGCUAUGCUUUUGUGGAAAAUAUACAUAAUUAGUCUCA